ACAACCAAAACGGCACCGUCGCUCCUUUCAUAUUUUUACUUCACUCCCACCCUCGAUCUGGAAGUCUGUCCGUGACCGGCGCAGGGAUAGAAGAAGGAGAAGAAGAAUCUCACAUUGUCCGAGAGAUCCACCUCGAAAUCCGAAUCCGAAAUGCAAGAUCCGCCUAAUCCGAAUGCGCAAAACUCUGCGCAUCCGCAAACCGGGUCGUCAAUGUUCGCGGGGGGUCCGUUUCGGAACUCCUUUCACCGUCGGGCACUGUCGGAGGUCCAUUUCCGGAUCCCGGACGACCUGGAUCUGUCAUUCGAUGUCCCGGCUUCAUUCGAGGACGAUGAUCUCUUUACUGCUUGUAUGGACAUUGAGAAGCUCGGAUCCGGACCUGCGUCUUCCUCCAACACGCCAAAACCCGAAGACGACCAGAGUGGCGUUCCCUCUUCGAAGCCUGAGAGCGUCCAUGUUGGUGGCGGGCCUCACAACCAGGGAAUGCUUGUGGAGAGCAGCGAAGGAGAGAAGAAUGUCAAUGCCAGGACAAGGCACAGAUAUAGCAAUUCGAUGGAUGGUUCCUCCACCUUGGAGAGCAUAGAAGCUAAGAAAGCAAUGGAUCCAGACAAACUCGCUGAGCUGUGGACUCUCGAUCCCAAAAAAGCUAAAAGGAUAAUUGCCAAUCGGCAGUCUGCUGCUCGCUCUAAGGAGAGGAAAGCCCGCUAUAUUUCAGAACUUGAGAGAAAAGUCCAAACCCUCCAAACAGAAGCAACCACUCUUUCUGCCCAACUCACUUUAUUCCAGAGAGAUACAACGGGUCUGACUUCGGAGAACACAGAUCUUAAGCUUAGGUUACAAGCUAUGGAGCAGCAGGCUCAGUUACGAGAUGCCUUAAAUGAAGCACUGAAGAAGGAAGUAGAGAGGCUCAAGAUUGCAACUGGAGAAAUGAUGACACCAUCUGAUUCCUAUAAUUUGGGCAUGCACCAUAUUCCAUACAGUCAAUCUUCCUUCUUUCCACAUCAGCCACAAGGUGGCCCUGUUGAUUCCCCGAAUGUACAAAUGCCGCAGUUUCAUCCCUUCCAGUCUAACAUGCCGACUCCUCAACAACAUAUGCAUGCGACAGCCCACUCAAAUACUUUUUCAGAGAUGUUGCAGCAGGAUCCUCUUGGCCGAUUGCAAGGUCUUGAUAUCAGUGGCAGAGGGUCUCAUCUUGUGAAAUCUGAAGGUCGCUCAAUUUCCACCAGCGAAAGCAGUACUACCUUUUGAUGCGCAUGUUUCUUUGUCUUGCUCCCAUAUGUUGGAUUGCUUAUAGGCUGACCCUGUUGACACCAAGAGUGCCAUUGAUUUGAUUUCCAUUCUUUUAGUAUGAUCGGAAUUUAGGUUCGUGGUGGGUUCACCAAGUUCAAGAUGUCCGUUAGUUCUUUCAGGCUGACUCUGUAUCAUUUUUUGGGGAGCGAUCAUGUGGGGAUAGAAGGCUUUUAUAGAGAUAGAAAAGAGCACCUCGCUUCUUCUUGUUGAUAAAUGUUGUAUCAUUGGAGCAAAUGCUUUUUAUAUUCAAUGUUUUGGACAAAGAUCACUCUCAUAUAUAUACUAGUCUUACCUAUUUCUAUUGUCUUUU